AUGUUUUUACAUAUUUUAUGCUCUUUUUGUGUAAUUUACACAUUAGCACUUUGUGUUCAAACACAGUCAGUCGAGGAUGAAGAAGCAAUCGAUUUGUCACAUUUGGGAUCAAAAUUAUUUCAGAAUCCAAAUUUUGAAUUUUCCAAAAACUUAAAUGCUGAUUAUCCAGAAGAACAAGGACCAUAUUUACAAGGUGAUUUAUUAAUUCCAACUGGAAAUGCCAAAAAUGGAAUGAAAAGUGAAUCAUACAGAUGGAAAAAUGGGGAAAUCCCUUACGUGAUUCGUGGUCGUUUUAGUUCAACGGAAAUGUCUUUAAUUCAGAAUGCAUUUAAUCAGUAUCACAAAAGUACAUGCUUAAAGUUUAUUCCACGUCGGUCUGCUCAAAGUGACUAUGUUGCCAUAGAUAAUAGUCAAUCAGGGUGUUGGAGUUCUGUUGGCAGAGUUGGUGGUGAGCAAGUUGUAAAUCUUCAAUCACCUGGUUGUGUAACAAAAAUAGGAACAGUCAUUCAUGAACUUCUACAUGCUGUUGGAUUUCUACAUGAACAGAAUCGAGAGGAACGAGACAAAUUUGUUUCCAUUAUUAAUUCAAAUGUUCGAACUGGAUAUGAAAUAAAUUUCAAAAAAGCAUCACCUGGAGAAACUACAGGAUAUGGUGUUGGAUAUGAUUAUGGGAGUGUAAUGCAUUAUUCUGCAAAGGCAUUUUCUAAAAAUGGACAGCCAACAAUCAAUGCUAAGCAAACGACAAAAGAACAAAUGGGACAACGUGAAGGUUUCUCUAAAAAGGAUAUUGAGAAGAUUAAUAAGAUGUAUAAAUGCAAGAGGCCAACAGCAGAAUCAGAUCCAUCAAUUUUGACAUCAUCUGAAGCGCCAUCAAGUGAAUCGUCAUUUCUGAGUAAUAUUUUUCAAGCAAUUUUUCCAAGUUCAAACAUGGAUGAGGAGGAAAUGAUAGAGGAACAGAAUCAAUUGUUGCGCUUAUAA